AUGGCUGAUGCUUGUGGAAAAAAGUAUUUGUCUGGAAAUCAGCUAAAGUAUCUCCCUCCCGGUCUCUUUGCCAAUAGUCUCAACCUGUCUAUAUCAGAGCUAAUGGACAAUCCGUUGAGUUUGGACACUAGGCUGUGUAUGCUGGUAGAGCCUGUAGAUUUCACACAGUUAGUCAAUGCUAGCAAGAACGUCACUGACUAUAUCACAAAACUGAAUGCAUCAUAUUGCUCGAGUAGCUGUGUGAACAUUCCCCAAGAACAACCGACUGCUUGCUCGGACGGACAGAGAUGUGUUGGAGUCGUGUCCAACUUUUCAUGCGUUGUGAAAACGUGCAGCAUUCGAGUUCCGGUGAAUGGUAACAUGUCUCCAAGACAACCAGCCAUUAACUACAAUGAGAGUGUCAGAUAUUCCUGCAAUGCUGGAUACGUACUGGUCGGAGCUGAGAGUGCCGCAUGUACUGACACUUCUCUGCUUUCCCAUUCGAUACCAACUUGCAAAGUGCUAGAUGUUAACGAAUGUGCUAGCGGCAUGCACCGGUGUGACAAGAAUGCAGUCUGUACAAGUCUGAACUCCACACACGUAACAUGUAACUGCAGCACUGGAUAUACUGGUAACGGGACUACGUGCUCGGCCAUUGGUGGUUUCUGCCCCGAGUUGAUUGUCACCAACAUGGACCUCUCCGUAGCGUCCCGAUCACAGAACACGCUUGGUCAGCAGAUCAAGCUGGCCUGCGCACCACACUUUCAAGUGAUUCUGGGAACUUUGCAGACCAGUGCAUACACAUGUGCAGAGAAGAAUGCCACUGGUGUGUGGUUAGGCGACGCUGUGUGCGGAUCGUCCGUCGAGACCAGCAACGUGCCCGCCAACCCGGUCGGCGUGAUAAUGGGUGUGAUCGCUGGAGUCUUCAUACUGUUUAUUGGAGUGGGCGUGUUGAUGCAAGGUCAAGGCGCGCUGACCAAUCCCACAAGCACGGUUGACGCACAGAAAGAGGAGAGCGAUGUGAACCGCAGUGUGUCGGAAAGAAGACGACGAAGAAGCUCAGCUUUGCCCAUGCUGGCCAUGCAACAGAUGUCCCCAGUGGACCAUGAAUGA